GGAAACGCUAAUGAUAUAGCUGACAGGCCUGACGAUACGGUGGUUCGACGGGCUCGCGAUUGGUGGGAUCGGCGACACGCGAGCUAACAGUUCCUUCUUGCAGUGACAAGUCCGCUCGUGUUUUCGCCGGCGCGGCGCGAAGGGGUCCGCGCACCGAUCGUCGACCCACCAGCACGGCCUCUUUUACAUGAGAAAAACUUUUGGCUCCGGACCGUGACAGGCGUGGGCGGGUGUCACGGACUCAUCAGGCGCGUCCAGCAAGUUUUUACUCAUAGAUGCGCCUUCGACUAUCUAUCCUCACAACCGUCAUUGUCUGUUCCCAUCCUUUCCCCGUCAAACGCCGUCGUUCCAAUUCCAUUACGCUACCGUCUCGUGUCUGAACCCUCCGGUCCUACCAAUUCCCAUCCAUCUGCUCGACUAGCCGGAGAACCCAACUACUGCCCGGCAGCAUGGCCGACGGAAAGAGCCUUGAUGCCAUUGCCAACGCGGAGCCGCCCCGGUACGACUCGAAGAAGGUCGGGGAUGCAGCCGCAGAGGUGCCUGGCAGUGAGGGCUCCACCAUGGACCCUGAGAAGGCGGACCCGACGCAGCAAACCACCGAGCUCAAGAGGAACCUGAAGAGUCGCCACUUGCAGAUGAUUGCUAUCGGUGGUACCAUUGGAACUGGUCUUUUCAUUGGUAGUGGUGAGGCCAUUGCCGAAGCCGGUCCCGCUGGCGCUCUCAUCUGCUAUGCCUUCGUUGGCUCCGUUGUCUACUGCGUUUGCAUGUGCCUGGCGGAAAUGGCAACGUACAUUCCUGUGUCGGGUGCCUUUUGUCAAUAUGCUGCCCGAUUCGUCGACCCCAGUCUUGGCUUUGCCAUGGGUUGGAUCUACUGGCUCUCGUGGGCCAUCACCUACGCUGUUGAACUCACCGCAUCCGGCCUGCUUAUUCAGUACUGGGAUAAGGAUCUAAGUAUCGGUAUUUUCAUCGCCAUCUUCUGGGUCACUCUCACUGCCAUCAACUUCCUUCCCGUCAAGUUCUACGGCGAGCUCGAGUUCUGGUUCGCUGGCAUCAAGGUCUUGACUGUCAUUGGCUUCGUCAUCUUUGCCAUCUGCGUCGACGCUGGCGUCGGCAAGAACGGCUACCUGGGCUUCCACACGUGGGGCACUCCCGGUGCCUUUGCCCCCUAUCUUUUGGAAUCCAAGGGUGCCACGGCCAAGUUUGUCGGCUUCUGGGCCGUUCUGAUCCAAGCCGGUUUCACGUACCAGGGCACCGAGCUUGUCGGUAUCGGUGCCGGCGAGACGGCCAACCCGCGCAAGACUGUCCCCGAGGCCAUCCGCAACACCUUCUGGAUGAUUCUCCUGUUCUUCUUGGCCAUCAUCUUCUUCGUCGGUCUCCUGGUUCCCUAUGACAACCCUUCGCUCGUUCUCGGCGGUGACGAUGCCUCUUCCUCCCCUCUGGUCAUUGCCGCCAAGCUGGCGGGCAUCCCUGUCAUCCCCGGUCUGAUCAACGGCAUUUUGCUCACUGUUGUCCUGUCGGCCGCCAACGCCAACGUCUACUCUGGCUCCCGCAUGAUUAUCGGUCUCGCCGAGGCUGGCUGCGCGCCGCGGGUUUUGGCCAAGACGACCAAGCAGGGCGUCCCGUACUGGGCGGUGACCUUCACGGCGGCAUUCGGCCUGCUGGCAUUCAUGAACCUGUCCAACGGCGGCGGCGAGGUGUUCAACUGGUUUGUGAACAUUUCAGGCGUGGCGGGCUUUAUCACGUGGGCAUGCAUCUGCAUGUGCCAGGUGGGGUUCAUGCGGGCAAUGCGCAAGCAGGGCAUCGGGCGCGACAGCCUGCCGUACAUCAGCGCGUUCCAGCCCUUCACGGCCUACUACGGCCUGUUCUUCAACAUCCUGAUCAUCUUCACGCAGGGCUUCACCGCCUUCAUCCCCUGGGACACGAGCAACUUCUUCGUCGCGUACAUCUCGCUCAUCCUGUUCGCGGUGCUCUACCUCGGCCACAAAAUCGUCUACCGCACAAAGUUCGUCGACCCUAUGGAGGCCGACCUCCUUACUGGCCGCCUGCAGGCGGAGACGGAGGUCUGGGAGGAGAGCGACGCAAACUUCUUCACCCAGAUGAAGAGCCGGAUCUGGAAGAACUAGUCGAGUUGGGUUUGCGGCCGGGGGGCCAAAGGGUUUCGGAGUCUAAGCGUGUGCUUUUUUUCUUUUUUCUGUUUGGGGGCGGCUAUAUAAUUGCUUCAUGUAACGUGUAAAGGAUAUCGGGAUUAGAUAAAAGACGGGGCGGGGGCGGGGGCG